AUGAAGACGCCAAAACGCCACUCGCCCUCGGCCAACGCCGUCCGGCGAGUGGACCCCGAUUCCAGGGAGAUUCUCACCGGCUUCAACAACGGUAGCCGGAGGAGGCUCAAAAUCCGGAAAAUGAAGUACACUUGCCAGGCAAAGAUCCGCAUCGGGAAUGACACCCGCCGCGUGUCCCCGCCGCCGGAGAAAGGGAGGAGAGAGAUUCACGAGCACGUCGAGAUUUCGCUUUCGCUGGCGACGACGUCGUCGUCGUCGUCAUCGGAGGAGGAGGAGCGGUCGGCGGCGGAGAAAAACGACGGCGUUUUGUUGUAUGGGUACGCGUCGGUGAGAGGGAGCAGGAAGGAGAUGGAGGACGCGGUGAGUGCGGAGAUAGCGUUUGCAGCUAUGGAGAGAGGAAAGUGCGACUUCUUCGCGGUCUACGAUGGCCACGGCGGAGCUCAGGUGGCGGACGCGUGUCGGGGGCGGUCACACCGGCUGGUGGCGGAGGAGAUGGAGAGAAGUGAGAAUCACGUGGAAUGGGACUGGCACCGAGUGAUGGAAGGGUGUUUUCGUAAAAUGGAUGGCGAGGUCGCUGAUAAUGCGGCCGUCAGGACUGUUGGUUCAACGGCGGUUGUCGCCGUCGUCGCGGCGGAGGAGGUUGUCGUCGCUAAUUGCGGUGAUUGUAGGGCCGUGUUGGGAAGAGGAGGUGAGGCCUUGGACUUGUCUAGUGAUCAUAAGCCCGAUAGGCCCGACGAGUUGAAGCGAAUCGAAGAGGCUGGUGGAAGGGUCAUUAACUGGAAUGGCCAGCGUGUGCUUGGUGUUCUUGCUACUUCACGAUCCAUAGGAGAUCAGUACCUACGACCUUAUGUAAUAUCAGAACCAGAAGUGACAGUGACCAAGAGAAGCAGCAAGGAUGAAUUUCUGAUACUAGCAAGUGAUGGAUUGUGGGAUGUGAUGUCCAGUGAAGUUGCGUGCCAAGUUGUAAGGAAAUGCCUGAAUGGACAGAUAAGGAGAGUGUGCAAUGGAGUUGGGAAUCAUCAAAACCGUGCUACCGAGGCUGCAGGCCUCUUAGCUGAGAUUGCAUUGGCAAAGGGAAGUAGAGAUAACACCAGUGUGAUUGUUGUUGAGCUAAGAGGAACAGUAACAUGA